AUGGGCGUCCCGGGAUUGUGGGAUCUCGUUCGCCCCGCAGCGGUCCGUACCAGUCUGCACGCCCUGAGCCGCGACGCCUUCCUCGCCAACAAGAACGGCCUGCGCGCUCUCACCAUCGGGGUCGAUGCUUCUAUCUGGAUCUUCCAUGCGCAGACGAACCGCAAUGGUGCCAACGCCUUCCUCCGCACCAUCUUCUACAAGAUCGCUGCGUUGCUGCAGCACCCCGUCCUGCCGGUGUUUGUGUUUGAUGGACCGAAGAAGCCGUCGAUGAAGCGUGGGCAUCGCGUUAUGCGCAGCUUUGGCGUCAACGACGGCUACUCGCGGCAGUUCAAAGACCUGCUCGACGUGUGUGGCCUCGAGUGGUGGAAUGCACCUGGGGAAGCUGAGGCCGAGCUCGCACUCAUGAACCGCCAAGGCAAGAUCGAUGCUGUGUUGUCUGAUGACGUCGACGCGUUGCUGUUUGGCGCGACAUGCCUUCUGCGCAACAACUCGCCUACGUUGUCCGGAGCCCAGGCUUCCUCGACGCAGAACACGUCGUCCAGGUCCGACCAGCGACAUUACGAGAUGUACCGCAUCAGCGACAUUGUCGCGGAGUGGACGCGGGACGAGUCUGCACUCAAGAACGCGGACGACUGCCAGCGGGCGAUGGUGCUUGUUGCUCUUCUUGGAGGAGGAGACUACGUCCCCGAGGGCGUUGGGCGUAUGGGUCCCAAGAUCUCAUUCGGCCUCGCCAAGGCCGGCCACGCCGAUUUCUUGAAGCUCUACACCAAGGAGCGAUCCAGAUUUGAUCGCAAAAUCGCGCAGGUGCACGACGACAUUCUUAACGAGCUGUCGACCAACAGCUCUGGUCACAUUGGACGGCGUAUGAAGAAGCUGGCCGAGGACCUCACCGACGCCGACCUCUUCCAAACCUUCCCUCUCGACUGCUACCUUAACCCUGCUAUCAGUCCCUCUGACGAUCCAGGACUGGGCUGGCCAGGCUUUGGGAAGGGCGAGGUGUCGUCAUCUCGAGGUAAGGCUAGGAACAUUGGCCGUGGGGACCUGGAGGGAAUGGCUCGCGCCUGUGAGCGGUACUUUGAGUGGGGCACGCGCGAGAUCGUGUGCAAGAAGUUUGCAGGUGACACGGUUAACCUUUUCGGUGCGGAGAUUGUGUCUGAGGCGCGGAGUAUGUCACGCGCAUCAACGGAGACACGCAGACGACCAACCUGCCGGCCAGGGGAGUCGCCAGAACGCAUCACGUCCUAUUUUACUCAGAGCUCGAUAACUACUUCCCAGGGGCGAAAGAGCAUCUCGACGACGGGCACUCGGCACCUGGUGAAAAUCCACUCCACACGCCCGUCGCCCAUGUGCUCUGGCCUCACCGAGUACCGCCUCGAAUACCAGCCAAAAUGUUACAUGGACCGCUGCCGCGAGGCGAUGGACGGCCACCGCGCGGACCCAUCGACCCUUUCGCCAGAGGAACGUGUUACGCUGGGGCUUGUUGGGGAGGCUGCGGCACCAGCAGACACUGCUAUCAAGGACGAGGUGCGCAUCUGGAUUGCAGACUACCUAGUUCGCGCGGCGUGGCCACACCUCAUCACCAAGUAUGAUGAGCAGGAGGCCGCCAAGACUGUAAAGAAGGCUGCGCCGAAGAAGAAAGCUGCAGUCAGCUCAGCCGGUAAGGGGAGGAAGAAGGCGGCUACAAAGGCUGUCGAUGCCGGCGCGUUCGAGGACUUCUUCGCCAGCGCUCCCGCGACGCAAUUGACUGUGCGCCAGGUGGAGCAAGUUACGGCAGGCGGGACUUUCUCUCGUCGCCGCCGUGCCAGUGCCACUGCCAGUAGCUCACAUCUCACGCCGGCUCCGUCUUGCUCGCCGCGCAGCAUGCGCUCAUCGAGUGACUUGACCGCAGCGCAGUCCUCGCCGCUUAGCCUCCCUCCCUCUUCGCCUAUUCCGGUUCCGGCUGAACUGUCCCUUCCGUCACCGCCUGUGUCGCCGAGCAAGCGCGGCCGCUCCAUGCGUUCACAGAUCGCUUCCUCCAGGAGCUCAUUGUCGCGGGAUACAAGCCCGUGUCCAGGAUCCCCAGUGGCCACACCACUACCAACUCGGCGCUCGCCCCGGAAGAAGCGCGUCACUGCGCCUCGCGCCCCGCGCUCAGUCUGCAACAUGCUGGGCUCCGCAGCUGACCCAAUCUGCGUGUCUUCUGACGAGGACGAGCAAACGCCGCAACCAAUGCGCACUUCCAGAGCGGCCAACAGGGUUCCAACCGCGGCGCCAGACAGCCCCGUGAAGCGCGGGACUAAGGCUGGGCGAGGACGAGUAGCGACGACGGAGGCAGGGGCAUGCGCGGCAAAUAUAUCACCGCCAGCCAGACACACACGCACUGAUGCGCGUCAGCCCACUGUCACUGUACCAGUACGCACCCUCACGACGUCGGUACGCCGUGUAUCACCCCACUGCACCCCUUCCAUCCCCACGACAGCCAUUACGCACACACCUACCCAAACCCGUCUUGACUUGAUGACUGUCGCGCGGGCACGGAAAAGCCAGCCGGCCAAGAAGGCCACCAGCGUUUCCGAGCCUCGGUCGCCGAGGCUCCCCUACUUUGUCGUCUCUGAGGACGACGACGGGGUCGAGCACAUCGACCUUACGCAGCCUCGCCCGCGCGGCUCACGCUAA